GACAGUCUUUAUCAGUAUAAACUAGUCGAUAUUGGUGAUACAAGCCGAAACUAAUGCAGAAUUGUAAACGAGGCUACAAACUGCCGUCGCCACCAUAUUGUUGCUGUCAUAUUAGUUCAGAUUGUUUCUAGAAGUAAAAAUUAAAUUGUCAUAUAACUUGUCUUUGACAUCGGACAGAUGGAACGAAAUAUUAGGUAUCAUACAUUACAAGAAGACCAGGAAGAGGAAGAUGGCGUGAGAAUGACUGCAAACGCCAGUAACACUCCUGUGCCUAUGACUUCACAAUCCGUACCAAUCCCUGUUGUUCCGAGUUCAACAAUGCCUUCAGUUCCACCACCCGCCUAUAAAGAAACUGAAGAGGAAGAAGACAUUGCUACUGCCAACUCUUUUCAUCAUUAUCUUCAGCAGCAACAACAACAACAGCAGCAACAGCAGCCACUCAGCAACAGUCAUGAUCAGAAAACUGAGCAAACGACCUUCGAUGAUGCGUGUGGAGCUGGCCUGCCACCAUCCUAUGCUGUUGCUACCGAUCUACCGUCUUACGAAGAAGCAGAAAGACUCAAACAAGAAGAAGAACUUAACGGGGGCAGGAGCUGUGGUAUAAACCAAUCUGGUCAUUUUCCCCAGUUUCGAUCUUUAACCGACGAGGAACAUUAUUUAAAUGGUUCAGACGACGCCACUGACCAGUUAAACAAUGCAGAUCGACUUAACACCAGCGGAAUGAUCAUUGGAACUGAUUGGAUCUUUUUCUGUACUUUCGUGAUAUCAUUUUUGUUUAACUGGCUUGGCUUUUUAAUGUCACUGUGCAUCACUAAUACAGUAGCCGGUCGAUGUGGUGCUUUGGCUGGCCUUGGUCUUUCUAUGGUUAAAUGGGUCGCCAUCGUCAAACACAGUGGCUUCGCUGGUGAUUUCGCUGCCAGUGAAUCUUGGUUCUGGUGGAUCUUGAUGCUAUGCGGAUUCCUGCUUUUUGUUCGUGGAUGUAUGCAAUAUGUCAAUGUGAAAUACGAAUGGAAAAGGAUUACAGGUCGUCUGCAUCACAUAACUCUUUAUUGAGUUUAUUAUCGUUUGUCUUUCAAAAAUUAACACAAAUCAAGAUUCCCCUCUUUUCUAUCUCUCUCUCCUAAUUUUUGCCACAAAACCCUUCUUUAUUUGUCCUCCUCCACAUCCACACACACCUACACAAGAGCCUUUUUAUGUUUACAUCUUAUUGCUUCGUCAUUUGGCAUCUAUUGUUAUUGUAAUUAUUAUUAUGGUGUCAAGCGCCGCAGAGCAAAAGGUAAGCUCCUGGCGAGUCGGGAUUACGAUCCGAUUUCGAUUCUCAGUUUAUGCUAGUUUACAUCAAUUACACCGCCGAUACUUUUGAGAAAGGCAUAAACGCCACAACUUUUACCCCCACUGACCCCCGUCCCUCUAAAAUACAGAGAGCUUUUGUUCAUAAGAAGACAUUGUUAUAUAAGUAACUUUGUUUUUAUUAUUAUUAUUAUUAUUAUUAUCAUUUAAAGCUAUCUUCAUCAGAAAUAAAUAUAUUUGUUUAAAAAACUGUAAUUACAUUCGAUAUUUCCCUAAAAGAUUCAUUUAUUUGGGAGGAACCUAUCAUUGUGUUAUGUGUGUGAUAUAUAUAUUUACACACACAUAUAUAUAUAUAUAUAUAUAUAUAUAUAUAUAUAUAUAUAUAUAUAUUUACAUACAUGUAUGUGGCUGUGAGCUACUUGGAUAUAAUAUUACAGCUUUAACAAUAUUCCUGUACAGAUGUACCGAGGGAUGCCUUAUCUAUGUUAUUAAGAAUAGUUUAGGGCUGACGUUCUAAUCAAGUGUGAGUAGGUGUUCCAAAUAAUCAUUGCGUGACCAUUCUUGUUGCUACACAAAUUAGAUUUUUUUAUGUGUAUGUAUAUAAAUAUAUAUGUCCAAUACUAUUUCACGACUACUUAAAAUUGAUAUAUUUUUUUCUUUUCAUCAUAAUUACAAUUAUAUUACUAAUCAUUAUUAUUAGUAACGAUAAUAAUAAUAAUCUAACAUACCCUUUUCCCUUGCCCCCUCUUACCUUAAAAUAUUUUGUGGCCUUGUGCCGAGGUAAAAAUUUGAAUAAUAAUAAUAAUGACAAUAAUAUGUCGUAUAUAUAUAAAUAAACAUAAUUAUACUCUAAUCCUAAAAAGAAAGCCUCUUACAUAUUUCGAUAUUUUUUGUGGUCAAUGGUGUAAAAAUGUUUAUUGCUACUUAUAUAUUUACAUAUUACAAUGUGAAUUCUAAUCGAAAUUACAUUCUUCUAAGUUAAAAUUUUGUUAUUGUUGUUGAAACUAAAAAUUUACACAAUACAA